AUGCGCAUCAAGCUCGGUGCCAACAAGAAGCUCAUCAGCUCGGACUGUUUUCGUCUGUUGGGUUUGGUUCCGGAGAUGCAGAACGAUGCUGAAGUCAUGAAGCCUGUCCUGGAAGAAUUGGAGGUGAUGCGGUUGAGUUGGUCCCUUGGAAUGCUGUCGUCGGUGAAUGCGAAAGACUUUGAAAUGGAGAUGCUGGAUGCCCAAGAAUUCGACGACGACUUCGUGCUCUUCCUGCGUAAGGAGAUCUUUGGGACGGACGAGACGCACGAGGCAGGCGGUAUCAAGGUGGUAUCUCUAUUUGGGAAGCAAAAGGCGGUGAAGCAAGAGCUCGAGCGACGUGGAUGCUGGUCGGUCGACAUGGACAGCAACUUGAGGACAGAGGAUCAGGGAAUCUACUGCGUCGCUCAGCAGGACGACUGCACUGUGUUGGUGCUGUUUGGAUGGAUCCAAGACGAAAUGUUCUGCAAGUCCCGGCUGCGUGAUACAGCGACGUACGUGCUGCGUUUCCUGACGUGCUUGAGCCCCAACAUGGUGUGCUGCUUGUCGCCUGACGACGUCAAGCUCCUUGAUCGAGCCGUCGUUUCCAUGAACUCCAACAACUUGGACGCCUGGAGAUCCUUUUCGGUCGCGUUUCAUGUCGAGCGGCAGGAGGAGCAGAAGGAUGGCGUGCAUUGUGAAAAACUGGGGGAAUUGCUGCUACCAAUGAACUCUUCGCCCCAGAAGGCUCAGCUGCUAAAGGGAAGCUAUCCAGCGUAUUCCGUGGUGGAGCCAGCUCCAGCGACAAAAUGCAAAGAGAUGAGUAGCCAAAGAUUUGACAACGUCACGGAAUUCGCCAGUUGGCUGACACAUGAGUCGAAGCAACGCAAUCUGCGCCUCGAAAUUGAUAAUCGGGGCCCCAACCACUUCCGCAAUGUGUUGCUGCAUGUCACUGGCCGAUGGCCUGAGAGGGAGCUGAAGGAGGUUAAGGACUUGCUUGAUCGUAGUCUACAAGCUUCGGUCGAACAAUCCAUGGAGCGAGUUCAAGCGUACAUUGAGGAUCAUCGUGCAACAUUACUUAGCUACAUGGAGACUUUGUUUGACUUGGACGUGCUAUACAAGGGAGCAAAAGACGAAGCUGCUUUCGUGACUCUGAACAAAUACGUGCAGGACGUUCAGUCAGACCGCGGUAUCUGGAGCAAACUUGGCGCCUCGACACAAGUGACGUUAAACCUACCACUGCGUCUCAAGAACCAGAUGAAAGCGAUUACUUCGACGUUCCGCGAUCACCUCGCUAAUGGUCCUGAUAAAGAUGUAGCUGAGUCCCUCGCAACAUUCAUGCGAGAGUUCACAGUCUUCGAUACGAAGAUUGAGACUGACAGUGAUGGGCUCUUUGGACGAGCAUGGAAGAGGGUGUGGCCUAGAGAGCAAGAGUCUGAGUCUCUGUCGGAAAAGUUCCGUGAAUGCAUGGUGGCGCCGUUGAACGAGGCUCGACAAGCUUGGUUUCAGUCAAUUGAGACGGUCUUAGCUAUCGCCGACGGCGUUCUACUAAAGAGAUGGAGUGAGGAGACGCAGCAGUCCCUGGGUCAAUCGUGCCAAACCGAUGAAAAAACAAUCAUCUCGGAAGCUUUCACUAAUCUGCUUCAUGCUUGGCGUGGGCAACACGAAGGAGGUCUUAUGACUACAGUCCGUCCACGAGAGCGGCAGAUUACGAUUUUCUGCGACGUCGAGAAGGAGCAAUGGAAGCCUGCUACUGACCAGUUGAAGAUUUACAAGUUGGUUCAGAAAGACAACGGAGCGUUUAGUACCAUUGAACUGGGCACGCAUCGUCUAGAGCCAGGGGCGCAAAUUCUCAAAGCGUUCACUCUCAAAAACCACUGUGUCGUAUUGGUGACUACGUCUCCGAAAGGAACGUUGGUAGAACGCGUAGAUUUCCCUCUUCAGCGUUCUUGGUGGGGAGAUACAAUCGGGAAAGUUUCGUUUACACGCUGCUUCGGUCGACUGGCAUCGCUGUGUGACUUGAAUGUUCACGAGCGCCUCGUGGCGUUCGUGGAGGAAGGUGGAAGAGUGGUGCUCUACCGAUUCAACGAAACAUUCUCGUCGCUGGAAAUUUACAAGAGAGUUGAGUUGUCGCUACGAACGUCGUUGACGCUUCCCGUUGCCGAUAUCCUCCUGGUUGAUGGUUCGCUGUAUGCAACUGACACAAAUGGAUCGAUCCAGUCGGUGAAUCUGAAAAACCAGCAAACAUCUCGAGCAGUACAAAUCAUGCCGUCAGGACCUUGUGAACCGAGCCGUUCGCUGUUCGCUACGGCGGAUAACAUGGUACUGGGUUUUGUGGGGAAGUCUGCAGGCGAAGACUUGACCGAAGACGAUGGACGUGCCGAGUUAUUUGCCGUGGCCAGUGAGGAUUUGCGCAAAAUCCCUGUCGAUUAUACGGGAGAAAAGGUCCUCCGUUCAAAGGGUUUGUCACUUCAAAGUUUUGGUGACUUGCUGUUCGCAGUGAACGACAAGAAGAAGAAAGUUUGUGUGUGCCGUAUGGCAGUGACUGUGAGAAGCGAGUCGUUCCGAAUUCAGCACUCGAAAGAACACUCGGUCAACGGUAGCAAGACGGAGGUUGAUGGAGUGGAUGAUAACGAGGUGGAUCACUGGCUUCGAGCAUUCUACCACACGUACGAAAAGUUUCCAGUACGUGGCUUGAUUCGAGGCGUCGAUGACACCGGAGCAACGUUAAAGCUGUAUUUAACGUGCAAUGCUGCAAUGACGGAGUCGACUAGAGAGAACUGCCGAUACUUCUUCCAGGUCUUGAUGCGCGACUUGCGAAAACUAAACAAACCUCUGGCUGGAAUGGACUUCGCUCGAGAUUUGGAGUUCGUCUCGGAGUCGAAUCCUGGAUUGGGCGUGGCAACACAACCUAUUCGAACGUUUCUCCAGGAGCUGAUCACGUUCGUUCCGAUUCAAAUUUGUCGAGCUGAGGCAAACUCGCUAACGGUCAUGACGAAUGGCAAGGCGACGCCAAUGGACACCCAAGCGCAGAAUCUUCAAGCUGUUGACAUUGCACGCUCGAUCCGGUUCGGGCUGCUGUCGCCCUUGCUCGAGUCAUGGCAAGGGCGUUGUAUAGUGAUCACUUCGAUGGGGAAACAAUCGACAGGCAAGAGUUAUCUGCUAAACCACUUGACGGGAUCGUCCUUUGCAAUCGCCGGCGCUCGAUGCACUGACGGAGCGUGGAUGUCGAUCCGGAUCCUGCCAAAGAAUAUUCUUCUCGUGGUGCUUGACUUUGAGGGUCUCGGGUCUUUCGAGCGAACGGAACAAGAGGACGUUUUCCUGUCGGUACUCAACGCUUCCAUCUCGAUGUUCACCAUUUUCCGGAUGGAGAUGCGAUUCGAUAAGGAGAUCGACGACUUGUUUGCUCGUUUCCAGAAGGGGGUGGCGCUGAUCAAGGGUGACCCGACUCUCUUUCGAGGCAAACUGUACAUGUCGGUGAAGGACGUGAACCCGAACGAUCAAAAGGGGGUGCUGGACGAGUUUGUCGCCAAGUUUCAGAAAUUGGUUGGUGCGAACAAGGACAAUAACUUCCUGCUAGAUCUGUACUCUGGUCAACUGGAUAUCAACUGCUCUCCACCUCUGGGCACGAUUAACUAUUACCAGUCACUGAUGCACGCUCAGGAUUUUAUCGAGAGCUCCUUGUGUGGCAUUGAUACCGAGGGUUUCCGAAGCGGCAAGACGUUUUUAAACUGCAUCCGCUUGGUGCUAGCAAAGAUCGCGAUUUUGGAUUGGACGUCACUGGAUGAAGGUGCAAAGCAGUUUCAUCUGUCUGAGAUCAGCUCGAAGCUACCAGGACUUCUUAGAACUGGCUGCAUCAUUCCUCAGGAGUACGUAUCAAGGAAAGAAGACAUUGCUCCGUACUUGAAAGAAAACAUCGUGGUUGCUGGCACCGGCAAAGUGAUCGAUAUGGAUUUGGCGUCGAUGAUUGCCGAGUAUCCUGCUUUGGGUGAAAAGUGGAGAAGACUUAACGAGUUUGUCGAUCUUGAUUCGCUCCUAGACUGGGAGAUCGAUCUGAAAUUCGACUGCGGUUCCUCAAGUGACGAUACCAUUGCCCACGUUUAUGGUGCGAUUAAGCAGCUACUUCGCCUGUUCCUGCGGGCAAAUGCCAGGAUCCAGGGUGGAAAAGUAUCGCAAGAAAUUGUUGCCGACUUCGACGCAUUCUUGGCAUUCUUUGCGCGCCGUCGCAAGGCCCGAAUCUCGCUUUGGGUGAAGCAAAUGCUAGGAGGUCGGGUGCCUGACGAAUGGAAAGCUAUGGAGCAGCAAUUCCUGGGGAGGUUCCAAAUGCUCCUUACACGUUGUCAAAGUAAAUGUGACGAUUGCAGACUUGGGUGCAUGAAAGCUGCUGCGCACCCAGGAACGGAUCACCAUGAUUGUGGAGGUAACCACAUCUGUGCCGGUCGCUGCGAGUACUGCAAGAAUAGUGAAGGUGUCGGCAAAACCCCUUCAUGCGGCAACGAAUCUGGCCACGAGGGCAAAUGUGAAUGUCGUGAUGGGGAUCACACGUGCGGUCAAGAAUGUUGCAUGGCAAACUCGCCCAACUGCGGCAAGAAAUGCUCGUUGAAAAGGAGCCACACUGAUCUACACAAGUGCGACGUUCCAGUUCACACUUGUGGGGACGAAUGCUCGGCUCAAAACUGCUCUGGUCGCUGUGUUUUGAACGUGGAAGACCCUCAUACAGCCCACAAGUGCGUCGAAGUGCGUUGUAUGCAGAAGUGCGUUAUGGACGGCUGCAACGAAGUUUGUGGUACGACGGAUCAUUUCCACGGUGAAGUGGACGUUGCAGUGGUGUAUUCAGCGGAGAAUGACGAGAAAGGAUCGGACACUUUUGAUGCCGCCUCCGAAGCUCCAGUCGUUCACAUGUGUCAAAAUGGACACGAGUGUCAAGCCAUGUGUGAAGAGAAUGGAAUCUGUCGAGUGGAUGUGUUUCUCAAGCAAUCGUCCAAGACGUUCUCGGGUGCUCGUGGCAGUUUCCAGUUCACUUUCCAAGAGAUGAAUGGCUCUCGUAAGAAAUGCACAAAGUUGUUACCUCCGGGCCAAAAAAUGCACCACGGGGCACACACUUGCAUCUGUGAGCAGAGCGAGAAAGACGAUGAAGACAGGACUAUCCACUACUGCGAUGUCCGCUGUCCGUGCUGCAGCUACUUUUGCAAGAAGAAAUACGGACAUUUUGGCUCGCACACGACGGCGCACGGCAAUAUGCGCAACACUUACUUCUUGUCGGACGCAGAGGAAAUCGACAUUGAGGAGCGCAAGUACAAGGCGGGGGAGAUGGGAAUUGCGGAGAUGUGCAACUUGUACUGCUCCAAAAUGGGUCGUGAGCACGUGCACUACUUGGAUUGCGAGCAAGGCAGUAAAGCGAAUUGUGUAUACUCUGGAAGUUCAGCUGAUCAACGUCGUCACUGCACGCGAGCGUUGGAGCCGAAGCCGGAAAAAGAGACGGACGAAGUUCUUCAUGAGCAGUUCUGGAAGACGCUAGGGUGGGAAGAUCCGUGCACGUCCAAGAUGGAGCUGGAACUUUUUGGCAAGUGUGGAUACAAGUGUGACGCUCCCGAGCACGACGAGAAGCCUUCGUUCUGCGUUCUCCCAGCGUGGCACACACCAGAGUCCAAGCCUACUGGCUUUGAUGGGUUUACGUAUGUCAGCGGACACAAGUUCAAGUGCUCGCACGCUGCGAGUGGAGGCAAGAUGCAUCACGUUUUCGUUCUGGACUGCUCCGGUUCAAUGAACGGACAACCUUGGAAUGAUCUCAUGGCUGCGUGGAAGGAAUACGUGUACAAUCGUAUCGCGGAUGGAGCUACGUUGGACUUGGUUUCUGUAGUUACGUUUGACAACUCCGCUCAAAUCGUGUACGAGGCUCGGAGCAUCACGACGGUGACGAAUGCCAGGAUCCAGUAUCGCGGUGGAGGGACGAACUACGCUGCGGGCCUUCGUUCUGCUAACGAGGUUCUCUCCCGAGUGAAUUUCGACAUGUUCAAGCCAGCGAUUGUGUUUUUCAGUGAUGGACACCCUUGUGACCCGCUUCAGGGCGAAGAACUUGCCACGCACAUCAGAGGGUGUUACGAAAGGAACGGGUUGCAGGCUUUUGCAGUGGGGUUUGGAAGUAUUAAUCUGAAUAUGCUGGAGCGUGUUGCAGAAAAGCUGGGUGGAACGUAUCACCAUGUGCUUACAGGUAAUGAGCUAAAGGCGACAUUCUUCAGUAUCUCGGCCUCACUGAGCACUCGAGCGGGUCUGGCACUUGCGAAACCGGACCAUGAGCGGAACUGUGUCAUUUGUGGCCAAGACUUGGCAUCAGGGAACACGGUGAAGCUGGACGAAUGUGGCCACGAGCUCCACAAGGCUUGCUUGGGUGUUCUGGUGCGUAAUGCCCAGCAAGAUGGAGAACGAGCUCGGUGCCCGUCUUGCCGCCGCGAAAUUUCUACGUGA